AUGGGAGUCUCCCAUUAUUUGAUGUCGAUUGCAGCAAUUUUGUUUUUGGUUCCAUUUUCUCAGCAAACUGAAAAUUAUGAAUGUCCUCAAAAAUGUGAUUGCCUAAAACAAUAUGUGGAUUGUUCUAAGAAGAAUUUAAUUUCUGUGCCAAGAAUUCCAGAGUGGGUGGAACAAUUGGACCUAAGCUUUAACAGAUUAAGUGAAGAAGUUACAAAGGAUUUUGAUAAAUUAUUCGCUUUGAAGAUUGUCAAAUUAGAUAAAAACGCUCUACAUAAUAUUCCUAAUUUUCUUGAAACAAACCAAAUUGAAGAAAUCAGGUUGAAUAGGAAUAGUAUUGAGUUUAUAGAUGGAGGACACUUCUCAGUGAAUUGUUCUGUCAAGACUUUGAGCCUAAAUAGUAAUCUAAUUCGAGUGAUUGAAGAAGGAGCUCUUGAUAACUUGACCAAUUUGAUUGUUCUUAAGUUGAACCGUAAUGAGAUAUCAUCACUGCCUAAUCAUUUGUUUAUGCGUCAGUCAAAACUAGAAGUUUUGGAACUUAAUCAUAACAAAUUACAUGUUAUAAGUGGUCUACUAUUUCAAGGCUUAUCUAGCUUAACAACCUUGAAAUUAAAAUUUAACAAUAUAGAUAAUAUAAUGGAUGGAGCCUUUUAUGGUUUUAAGUCAGUUAAUUUAUUGCAAUUAGAUCAUAACAGAAUUAAGACCAUUUCUAAAGGCUGGAUGUAUGGACUAGAAUCACUGAUUACAUUGUCAUUAUCUAACAACUUAAUAUCUAGGAUUGACUUGGGAAGCUGGGAGCUUUGUACAAAUUUAGAAAUGCUUGAUUUAUCACAUAACUUUUUGAUGGAGAUAGAAGGGCGCACACUUCAACAUUUAAUCAAUCUUCACACAUUAAACCUCUGUAAUAAUAAUAUUUCCUCUGUGUCUCAAGAAGCAUUUAGUCAUAUGGUCCAGCUGCAAACAUUACUAUUGAAUAAUAAUAAAAUAUCCUGGACUGUAGAAGAUAUGUCUGGUCCAUUUGCAAAACUUCAAAAUUUGAAAUUGUUUAAUCUUUCUGAUAAUCACAUAAAAUCAAUAAACUCAAAAGCUUUUGAUGGUCUAGUAAAUCUUGUAGAAUUGGACCUAAUGGGUAAUAAUAUAACAUCCAUCCAACAACAUGCAUUUGAAGCCAUGGCAAAAAUAAAGAAAUUUCACUUAAAUUCUUCAUCACUUUUAUGUGAUUGUAACCUAUUAUGGAUUGUGAAAUGGAUUAAAGACAAAUUGGAACAAAAAUAUAUUACUGCUACUUGUGCCUAUCCAUCGGAACUUCGAGGUGUAUUAAUUUCCAAGCUUAAAGAAGAGAAUUGUGGGGAUUCACCAAAACCAAAAAUUGUUGAACAUCCCAAAUCACACCUUGCUAUUAAAAGUAAGUCUGCAAAUUUGAUAUGUACUGCAACAUCAAAUCCUUUUAGUAACAUGACAUUCCUGUGGCGGAAAAAUAAUGGAAAUAUAAGUAAUCCCACAGUUUUUGAGAAUGUUACAAUGUCAAAAAAGGGGCAAUCACAAGCCACAUCAGUUCUUAUUAUACCAAAUGUCACUAAUGCUGAUUCUGGAAGAUACCAAUGUGUUGUAAGUAAUAAGUUUGGAACAACAUAUUCAACAAAGGCAAAAGUUAAUAUUGUUACAUUUCCUCGAUUUCUUAAAAUGCCAUCAAAUGUAACAGUCAGAACUGGAGAAACUGUAACACUAGAUUGUGCUGCUACUGGAGAUCCCUCACCAGAAAUAUCUUGGAAAAAAGAUGGUGGAAAUGAUUUUCCCGCAGCCAGAGAGAGGAGAAUGAAUGUGAUGCCUUCUGAUCCCCGAUUUUUUAUUGUUAAUGCAAAAACUACAGAUAUGGGUAUUUAUAGCUGUGCUGCUAAAAACCAUGCUGGUACUAUUAUUGCUAAUGCUACAUUAAAUGUACUACAGGAACCAUCUUUUAUAAGAGUAAUGGAAAACAAAGAAGUAACCAGUGGUGAUUCAGUUGUUUUGCAAUGUAUGAUAUCAGGUUCUCCUAAACCUGUUUUAAAGUGGCUCAAGGAUGGAAUACCAGUGGUUCACACUGAUCGCCAUUUCUUUACUGGAGAUGAUCAGCUGUUGGUAAUAGUCGGAGUAGAAGCAAAUGAUGCCGGUAAAUAUGAAUGUGAGAUUACUAAUGAGUUAGGCACUAAAAAAGAUAUGAUAGAAUUAAAAGUAUUACCUCCAGUGGCAAUUAUGGUUAAUGAGGAGGAUAUGACUGGUAUUAUUAUAAUAACUGUUGUGUGUUGUGCAGUGGGGACAUCUAUUAUUUGGGUGGUAAUAAUUUAUCACACUAGAAGGCGUAUGGCAGCAGCUGUACAUACUUUCCCAGGUGAAAGUGUGAAAAUGACACAAGUGGUUCAUAGUGAUUGCGAUUCACCUCAAAUGUUUCCGGACAAUAUAUCUGAACAUUCAUCAUGUAAAGAUAGUGGUACAGGUGAUUCUGCGAAACAAACAAGCUUUGAUGGAGUGCCCACAGAAAGAAGUGAUCAGGUGCAUUUUGAGACUGCUGUUUGCAGGAGUUAUUCUCCUGUACCUGAGGCGCAUAAACUUUUACCUUCGUCUUUUAAGCCUUCAAUUCAAGUGUGUGUAAAUACAUCUGUAACACCAGCUACUUAUAGUUUUUCUAGUCACAGUGGUAAUGUUUAG